CGCGUUGGGGUCGGUUGGAGUCCGGCAUGGCCCGGAGCCGGCUGGCUCUGUUGCUGCCACCUCUAGUGCUCCUGGGUCUGGUGUCCCCUACUCAGGUCGACCCAGACUACCAGUAUUUUGGCCAGCAGGGCAAAGGUGACACCUGGGAGCUGCUGAGGCUGCAGCGAAAAAAGGUAGUGGAAGACUCAGUCCUAGGUCCGUGGGGAAAGUGGCGUUGCUUCUGCGAUCUGGGCAAACAGGAACGCAGCCGUCAGGUGCUGGGUACAGCACCAGUGCCAGUGUUCAUGGAUCGAGAGAACAUGGUACAGUUGAGGCCCUGCCGGCAACGGGAUUGUUCAUCUUGCAAACCAAUGGACUGCGACUGGAGGGUCUGAGCA